UUGGUUGGUGUCGGAAUUGUUGGAGACACGGACAUGUCGGAAGAAACAGCUGGCCAGUCUAAGAUCCAGGAUGAUGAUUGUUGCAUUGUUACUUUGGACUCAAGCAGUGAUGAAGAAUUUGAGUCCCUUGGAACCAAAACGAAGGAGCAGAAAGGGAAUAUUAGCUAUGUGGUGAUUGACUCUGACUCUGAAGACGAAUACUUCAGCAAUAAAGUCAGAGCUCACAAACCUGACAUAAUCAUCCAAGAUGAGAUUCUGGAUGUGUUAUCCGAUACUGAGGAGCAGCCUCCUACCAAGGAGCCUCCAAUAGUUAUCAUUGAUGAUGAUAGUGAUUUUGAGGGCCCUGUGAUCAUAAUAGACGAGGAUUCGUGUGAUCAGGGCCAAACUGCCUCAGAGGAAAAGGAGAUGGAGGUCUUCGAUGUCUCCCAAUGCAAUUCAUCUCAUUAUGUUGGUGAGCCGAAUCUGGGUGAAGAUCUCGGCCAACCUCUGAGCGGUGCUGAGACUACAGUGGAGAUUACAGAUGAUGAGGCUGCACCUGUGGUGGAGCAACCACGGAAGAGGAAGAGGAAGACCAAGAACAUAUGUGUGACACCCGCUAUGAGAGUCUCCAAAAAGCGUGUGUCUUCAAAGAAGAAGCUCAGUGCGGGGAAGAUUAAAAAAGACAAGACCAGGAAAGCGAUGUGCAAAAUACCUGGAUGUUUCCUGCGUGACCUGGAAAAGGAAAAGCAGUAUUCUGGAAGGAAAUUCAAGCAAAAUAAGGACAGCCUGGUUCAGAAAAUCUACACCCUGUUUAAUAGCUCGGUGUUUGAUAAAAAGCUGCCGGAGAAAAUAGAUAUUGGCUGGAAUAAAAAGAUGCUGAGAACUGCGGGCUUAUGCACCACCGGUGAGACCCGUUACCCGAAGAGGCAGCGUUAUGCAAAGAUAGAGAUUUCUCUGAAAGUCUGCGACUCUGCAGACCGUCUCCGGGAUACUUUGAUCCAUGAGAUAUGCCAUGCAGCCUCCUGGCUUCUCGAUGGCAUCCGUGAUUCUCAUGGUGACGCAUGGAAGUAUUAUGCCAGGAAAUCGAAUAUAGUGCACCCGGAGCUGCCCAUGGUCACUCGUUGCCAUAACUACAAGAUUAACUACAGGAUCCAUUAUGAAUGUACUCAGUGCAAAACCAGGGUCGGCCGCUAUACCAGAUCCUUGAACACUGACCGCUUUAUCUGUGCCAAGUGCAAGGGGCCCCUGGUCAUGCUGCCGUUAACUCGCAAGGAUGGAACCCCCAUUGCACCCCAUGUGAGGCCCUUUGCUAAGUAUGUGAAGGAGAAUUAUAGAAUGAUUAAGCAUGAGACGAAAGGGAUGAGCCAUGGGGAUGUGAUGAGGCGGCUGAGCAAGGAUUAUGGCGAAAAGCAAAGGCAGAAUCGUUGAGGUUAUCUGGGGGUGUAUUUCUGUGGGCUGAGCCCCCCCCCCCCGCUAAGAAGUUUUAGAAAAAUAUCUGUUUCUGAUAAGCAAUAAAUAUUAGGAAUAAUAGGAUUUAAACCGUUUCUUUAUAGCCUCAUACUGUUAAUGAUGAUUGUUCUUCAAGGAUUCCGUUGCUAAGCAAUUUUGUGCCCUUGACGGUACUCACAAGCCGUUGGGAUCCACUCUGGGUAUCAGUUAGUUUUAACAUAGUUCUAACACAUAGAACACAGUGCAGACACAAACUGCGUUUUCAAGAGGGGCAGGUGGAGAGAAGAAGGCUGCUGGGAGGCGAACCAGUUUUAAAAGAGGCAGCACUCCCGAGACCAGGGCUGCCGGCAGGUGGAAACUGUGAAACUUACCUAGACAUAAAAGACAAGCAUGUUUCAUGAAUUCAGUUGCUCUUGACAUUGAAUAAAGCCACGCUGAGCCAGUGUAGUUGUUACUAAGACAAAAAAAAUAAA